ACACCGCCCGUCCCCGCAGCCGCGGGCCCGCGCCUCGGCUUAAAAACCCCCCACUUUUAUUUUUUUUUAAUUUUUUUUUUGGCGGGGGCUGGGGGGGGGGGGUCGGUGCAGCAUGGGGCUGCCGGCGCUGGAGUUCAGCGAGUGCUGCCUGGACAGCCCCCAGUUCCGGGAGCGGCUCCGCUCCCACGAGGCCGAGCUGGAGAAGACCAACAAGUUCAUCAAGGAGCUCAUCAAGGACGGGAAGUCGCUGGUCGCCGCCCUCAAGAACCUGUCGGCAGCCAAGCGCAAGUUUGCAGACUCCCUCAAUGAGUUUAAAUUCCGCUGCAUCGGCGACGCUGAAACAGAUGAUGAGAUCUGCAUAGCCAAGUCUCUGCAGGAGUUCGCCACGGUGCUGCGGAACCUGGAGGACGAGCGAAUGCGCAUGAUCGAGAACGCCAGUGAGGUGCUGAUCACGCCGCUGGAGAAGUUUCGCAAGGAGCAGAUCGGGGCUGCUAAGGAUGCCAAAAAGAAAUAUGACAAGGAGACGGAGAAGUAUUGUGGUGUCCUAGAAAAGCACUUAAACUUGUCUUCGAAGAAGAAAGAGUCCCAGCUUCAGGAGGCAGACAGCCAGGUGGACCUGGUUCGGCAGCAUUUCUACGAAGUCUCCCUGGAGUAUGUCUUCAAGGUGCAAGAGGUCCAGGAGAGGAAGAUGUUCGAGUUCGUGGAACCUCUGCUGGCCUUUCUGCAGGGGCUUUUCACCUUCUACCACCACGGCUACGAGCUUGCAAAGGACUUCAGUGAUUUUAAGACAGAGCUGACAAUCAGCAUCCAGAACACAAGAAAUCGUUUUGAAGGAACGAGGUCAGAGGUCGAAUCUUUGAUGAAGAAGAUGAAGGAGAAUCCUCACGAGCACAAAAACAUCAGCCCAUACACGAUGGAGGGUUAUCUCUACGUGCAGGAGAAACGUCACUUUGGGACUUCCUGGGUGAAGCAUUACUGCACAUACCAGAGGGAAUCAAAGCGGAUAACGAUGGUGCCGUUUGACCAGAAAUCUGGAGGAAAAGGGGGAGAAGACGAAGCUGUUACCCUCAAAUCCUGCACACGGCGGAAAACCGACUCCAUUGAGAAGAGAUUUUGCUUUGACGUGGAAGCUGUCGAUCGGCCUGGCGUUAUCACCAUGCAGGCGCUUUCAGAAGAGGACCGAAGGCUGUGGAUGGAGGCAAUGGACGGCCGGGAACCGGUCUACAACUCGAACAAGGACAACCAAAGUGAAGGCACUGCCCAGUUGGAUAAUAUCGGCUUCAGCAUUAUCAAGAAAUGCAUCCAUGCUGUCGAAACGAGAGGGAUCAAUGAGCAAGGGCUCUACCGAAUCGUUGGAGUAAACUCUAGAGUUCAAAAGCUGUUGAGCGUAUUAAUGGAUCCCAAAACAGCCACAGAAACAGAAACAGAGAUCUGUGCCGAGUGGGAGAUAAAGACCAUCACCAGUGCACUGAAAACUUACCUGAGAAUGCUUCCGGGGCCGCUCAUGAUGUAUCAAUUUCAAAGGAGCUUCAUCAAAGCAGCAAAACUGGAGAAUCAGGAGUCCAGGGUGUCAGAGAUCCACAGCCUCGUUCAUCGGCUCCCGGAGAAAAACAGGCAGAUGCUGCACUUGCUCAUGAACCACUUGGCAAAAGUUGCAAAUAAUCACAAGCAGAACCUGAUGACUGUUGCUAAUCUGGGCGUGGUAUUUGGGCCGACGCUGCUUCGACCUCAAGAGGAAACAGUCGCUGCCAUUAUGGACAUCAAAUUUCAGAACAUUGUGAUUGAAAUUUUAAUAGAAAACCAUGAGAAGAUAUUUAACACGGUGCCAGAGACUCCGCCAUUGAACUCGCAGCUGCUGUUAUCUCGCAAGAAGAGCAUGGACUCGAAGCCUCCCUCCUGCAGCGAGAGACCCCUGACGCUCUUUCACACGCCGCAGCCCAAUGAGAAGCAGGAGAACAGGAACAGUAUCAUCAACUCCAGCCUGGAAUCCGUCAUCUCUUCAAACGUAAACAGCUUCCUCAACUCCAACAGCGCUCCCCAGCCCAGCCUGAACUCGAGUGAUCUUGAGCUAGAAGUAAUUAAACCCAACAGGCCAAAUUCACUGGAGAGCCCCUCGCAAAGUCCUCCAGAGUAAGAAGAAGGAAAAAAAAAAAAGGUCCAGAUGAGAUUUGCUUUCUGCAGGCUGAACUGAAAGCAGGCAGCAGCCAACAUUUCCCCAAAGCCUCUCACCACCUCUGCUCUUUCCAUAAGAAACAGAAAGGAAAUUGGAUCCUACAAGAAAACCGUUUUCCAAAAUGCAGAGACCUCAGAAUAGUCCGUUCGCUCGCGUGCACUUUCUCCAGCGAGACAGGACUCGGGUCUUGCAGUCACAUAAGCUCAGAAAGGUGAUACUCAAGCAGAAUCUUUGAAAAGAAAUACCUGUAUUUCACAGAAGGGAGAUGAACCCUUCGUGCGCAUCGUACCCCGCAGUCUGUAGGUGCUGGGAGGGCAGCUCAGGCGGGGUCCUGCAACGUCCGUCUAUUCUUCUUGAGGAAACCUGCUGGAAAGACUGGCAGAGCUGGACGGCGAGGCUGCCCAGGGGUGGUUCGGUCAUCGCAGGACCACGUUCAUCUCUUCCGCGACCAACCGGAUUGAAACAGGAUGGUCUUCAUACUUAAAAAUCCACAUGCUGUCAUUAGUUCUCUCCAUUGUUUUGGUGGGCACAAAGAGUGUUUUCUUUGCCACCAAGGAUCCAAAGACACCGAAAUCCAGCUCCAAAUGAUUGAUAGCUUCUUAGGUAGAGGCCGGCCUGGGUGCCGGUUCUUACUGUAAUGCUUUUUUAUUGCAAGAUCGCAGAAAUAACUCUGUUCUCUGAGAAUCGUAUUGAUUGCAUUAGGCACUGUAAUUAGUGUAGCAGACCAUGCAGUUGGUGGAGCGAUGACAGAGCCGACUUUACGAGUAGCGAGAGCUGCAUUCUUUUAAGAUGAUUUCAUCUCAAAAAGUGCUUUGGGAAUUUCUACUCCCGGAGCACUGGGCGGUUGGAUAUUCCUUCCCUCAUGCCGUGAGGAGGACCGGGGUCAGCAGCGGAGGCAGUGGCCAUCCUGCAAUGCAGACGCGCAUCGCUGGCACACCCAGCGAGAUGUCCUCUUGCACCGGAGCCCGCUGCCCACAGAGGCGGUGGCAGCUACGGCAGGAAGGCUGGUGGGUGUCAAUGGCCACUCUCGGGGGGACAAGCCUAGCCAGGUUUCGGUCACCAGCUCAUCGCCCCCUCCAAGGCCCACCUUGACCGUGGGCCAAGCUUCUCUUUGAGAAUGGCAUGGCUGUGCCAUUCGUUUGCUCUCUCCUACCCCAGUGGGGGCCUUUGUGGUCCAUUAGAUACCGCUGCCUGCUGGAUUUCUAACCAGUGAGAAGAUGGGCUGGUGGCUAGAGGUAUCUAAGCUGUCUUAGGACUCAUCCUGCCCUGCAGAUGCUUCAGUUGAAAGGAACCUCGCUGGAGCCGGGGGCUGGACGCCGGGAGGUCUGCUUCCCAAGGCAACGCUCCUGGCCUACAGAAAAUCCAUGCACGGAGCAGGUAACAUGCAUUUGAUGCUUUUGGAGAUCACCAGGGUGGAGGAGUCUACUUGCAUGGUGAGAGGCCAUGGUAAGAAGAAAGGCACAUCUGGCAGGUGCUCUGCCUCCCAGGUGAUAAACCCAUGCAUUCAUAUUCCAUUUGCCCUGCAGGCAUUUACCGUCUUGGAGGCUCGUUAUAGUAGCUUAGCUGUAUAGAGCCAGAGAACAUUGCAUACAGGUGUUAUAACCACUGGGCUCUGGCUUCCAAAAUACUGGUUCCUCUUGCAAUACUAACAGUGAAGGAAACGUUCUAGUUCCUGCUGCCCAGAGGAGAGCACUCUCCUUCUCUUCAAACGCAUCUAACAUGCUCUCUCCAUUAGAGGGCAGAAGCAUGCUUAUGCACAGAUAAAAUAAAACCAAAUUACCUGCCCUAUGUGCUAUAUAGCUUGUUGCGUUAAGGGAAGGUCGGCCAUUAUCAUGAAUGGCCACACAUCUACACCUGCUAGAAGGAAAGAGAAGCAGCAAGAACGGGUGCUUCAGGGGUUAAUUUCUGCGAUUUGGGCUAACUUGGUGGUCUUUGUAGCACCUCCUUCUGUUUAAAAUUGGAAAUAGAUUUAAUAUAUGGUAAGUACCAAUGCCUAACAGAUUUUUUAAAGACUAGAGGUAAUACAGGUAAUUACUAAUUUUUCAAAAGACCAACAAUUUUGAGGAUAGAAAAAUGCAAAAAAAGAGAUUGGUUUUAAAUAGUGUCAAUUUAGGAGAACGUUUUGAGGAUUUCUGUUUAUAGUCUGCCUCUGAACAUUCCCUGUUUUACAGCCCUCCUGUGAAAGUUUUGAUGCACUGCUGUAUCUCAUUUCUAUAUGCAUGUAACCCUCUGACGUAAUAAAGGUAUUGCCCAUAAUUGCAAAGGGAAGUCAUUGGUUUCUGUUGAAUCCAGUGACGCAGCUUCUGCGAGGGGUAAAGAAGCCAAGAGUUUGGCCUUAAGCAGAUAUGGACCUCAGAGGAGUUCAAGCCAACAAUUUAACCUUCUUCAGUGUCCUCUAGGUGCCAUUGCGGUGGUGAUAUUUAUGACAUGGGCACUUUCCCCCUAGAAAUUGGACCAAAUCCACAGAUCUAUCCUUUCAGUUUUGAAUUGUAACCAUCAGAGAAUGCCAGAGAGCGCUGGCUGCCAGCUUCAUUCGCGGGCGUGUGGAAGGGCACACAGGAGCUGCCGGCAAGAGCCACCGGCCUCUCGGCCAGUGCUGGCACUGAUAGAGGACCCACGUACCCAGAGCCGAGCCUGGUGCGGGCGAGGAAGGCUUCAGGGGGUUGGUGGCACAGGCGCAUGAACUGGAGGGACGCUGGUGUGCCAAGAGUGACAUUUUAGUCUAGAGCUGCUGAAUUCUAACUCAAACUGAAAGGAAGAAAAUGACAAGGAAACACAAAAUUCAAGAUUAUUCAUAAAUAUUUCCUGGAGACCCUGUUGGGUGUUGGGGGAGGUUGGUUCUUUUUCUUUUAAAUGAUGGAGGUUGAGGUUUUAUAUUCAGCUUGAAAGAGAAGAAAAAUGUUUGUUAUAUUCUCUUCUCUGUUAAUAUAAGAAACAUUUCACUCUGUGCAGAAGCUGGGGGCUGAAACAAUGAUCUUCUGCUGUUGGGAUCUAUUAGGUACUGAAUGCUCAUGGGUUAGCCCACUGCCCUUUUUACAGACACUUCAUCGUUUUACUAAAGGUUUAAGAGGCAGCACGGGCUGCCCUGGCAGCUGCCCACGCUUCCUCCCACUGUGUGCGCUGGUACUGCUCGUUGUGUUCGUUUGGGAGGGGAGGGGGCUGAUUUCAUGCUUUUUGGACGUUGAGGUUUUUUUCUGAGUUGGCUACUGGUCCAAGCCAUGCUCCUCAGGAGGCUUCUCCUCGAGCGUGAGGGAGGCAUAUUGCUGCACAGCGCACAGUGAUGGGAGGAAAUCUGAGUUAAACAUAUCUAGAAGAGAUUUUUAUAAUCCCGGACAGGUAUUUGGAACACAUUGUAUUUACAGCCUGGAGCUGAGAGGGAGGGCUAUGCCUUUCCCUCCACCUCACAGUUACCCUGGUGCUGUCAGAAAGCAGCUCGGCAACUUCAUCCCCUUCCCCUCGGAGAAAUGCCAGUUCCCUGAGACAGGGGAGAAGAGAUGAAGAGGCGGCCUCCGGCAUGUGGUUAGUCCUGGUGCAGCCCUUUCCCUCCCUCCAACGUCCAUUUGCGCUGGUGGGACCCAUAAACCCCCGUCACUGCAGGGCUGAGGUCUUCCUGAAUGCUCUGGAGCCUCCCUGACCCCAUAUCCCUUCCCCUCCCACUGCCUCGGGAGCCUCCAGCUCGGGGAUGGGGAAGAUGGGGGUGGGAAUGAGGAUGGGGAUGGAAUGGGGAUGGGGACAGCCUCGGGGUUGCCUGUGGGGUUGCACCCUAUCCCCACCUCGUCACAGACCCGUGUGAUCAGAGGUACCAGCCCUGUCUCAGGGAAAAAACAUAAAUCAUGUUGCUUUUACAAAACCUCUUGGUUUCACAGAGGCAUUCUCUGUGGAGAGAGGUUUUUUCUGGCGUUUUAUCAGGGAUGGAGUUUACAAUCUGAUAGAGAAUACAGAUGAGUUGAUAAGCAUGGAAACAGGAGAAGAUGAAUCAGACUCAAAUUGGUAUUUUAGUACAAUAAUUGCUUUUUGGUGAACCUGAGAGUAACCUAAAUUGAACAGUUCUGAAGGAAUCAAGCACUUCUCGCUUGACUUCUGCAUGUAUUUACUAGUUCAGUAACUUGAUUCAACUUCAGUUGACAGCCAUAGCUUAGAAGCGAGGAAUCAAGGGCAGUUUGCAUGAGGGGAAAAAGAGUACUUCAGUGCAAAAUGUGGAAAACAAAUCAAUGAAAUUUUUAUAGUGUUGACUGUAUAAGCACAGCCGGAGCCCCGGUUACCUCGAUGCGAGGCGUUUGCAUGACCUGUGCGGCGCUGAGGUCCCAGCAGAGCCCUCGGGUGCUGCUGACCCUUGCGGGCUGGUGUGGGCGGAGGAUGGGAAAGAGACGCCAGCCCUGGCUGGCUCCGUCCUGGAGACACAGAGCUCCUCCGGGCUCCCAGCCCCUCCGGUCCAUCCUGGAGACACGGAGCUCCUCCGGGCUCCCAGCCCCUCUGGUCCAUCCUGGAGACACGGAGCUCCUCUAGGUUCCCAGUGCCUCUGGUCUGUCCUGGAGACACGGAGCUCCUCCGGGCUCCAAGCCCCUCUGGUGAGGAAUGUGAAUGGGCAGUCAUGGCUGGGCACCAUGGAUCGGGGCCCAGAUUCUGACAUCGCGACAACUGCCAGGCAAAAGGGGGAUGGAUGGAGGCUGCUCACAGGCAUCAUUAGUCUCCAGAAAUACCAUCAACCAUCGCUGGCAGCAGUGGGGGAAAUAAAACAAGGCAGGUAAGUGGCUGGGCUGCCCGCGGUGAGCAGCGAGACAGCCCUUUUCAUCACACAGGGUGUUGGGCUCAAUUGGAAGAUCCAGCUCUUGUUGUCCAGAGAAAUGCAGAUCUGGCCUUGAAACAUUUCCCAAGGUCUUGGCACUCCAUUUCAUAGCUGUGUCUCAUGCUCUGAAUAUUCCCAAGGCACUUGCUAUCGUCGGAUGUCGUCUGACUGUCUCUUGGUUACUGUUUGUUUCUGUGGUUGCACGUUGAUAAGGUAUCUGGUUAUGUC